AUGGGUAGGGUCAUAAGAGCACAACGUAAGGGUGCGGGAUCAAUCUUCAAAUCCCACACCCACCACCGUAAAGGACCCGCACGAUUCCGCAGUCUCGAUUUCGGUGAAAGAAACGGUUACCUCAAGGGAGUAAUCACCGACAUCAUCCACGACCCCGGUCGCGGUGCACCUCUUGCCAAGGUCACUUUCCGUCAUCCAUUCCGCUAUAAGAAACAGAACGAGCUUUUUGUAGCUGCUGAAGGACUCUACACUGGACAGUUUAUUUACUGCGGGAAGAAAGCUACUCUUGUUGUUGGUAAUGUUUUGCCUGUUAGGUCUAUUCCUGAAGGAGCUGUUAUAUGUAACGUUGAACACCAUGUUGGUGAUCGUGGCGCUUUCGCAAGGUGUUCCGGGGAUUAUGCUAUUGUUAUUAGUCAUAAUCCUGAUAAUGAUACCUCUAGGGUUAAGCUUCCAUCUGGGGCAAAAAAGAUUAUUCCAAGUGGUUGCAGGGCUAUGAUUGGCCAAGUUGCUGGUGGAGGAAGAACAGAGAAGCCACUUCUUAAGGCCGGUAAUGCUUACCACAAAUUUAGAGUAAAGAGGAAUUGUUGGCCUAAGGUCCGUGGUGUGGCUAUGAAUCCAGUUGAACAUCCUCACGGAGGAGGUAACCACCAGCAUAUCGGACACGCGAGUACCGUUAGACGUGAUGCUCCUCCUGGGCAGAAGGUCGGUCUUAUUGCUGCUAAGAGAACUGGGCGACUUAGGGGGCAGGCUGCAGCUACUGCUUCUAAGGCUGACUGA